AGAGCUUGCGGACUUUUGCGACGCAAGUUAGCCAAUUGUUGUAAACAUUAGCAUUAUACAACAUUUAAGCUAGCGGACCUUUGCAAUGCAAGUUAACCAGUUGUUUUAAACACAUUAGCAUUAUACAACAUUUAAGCUAGCAGACUUUUGCCAUGCAAGUUAGGGUUUAGGGUUUAUGGGGGAAACAAUCUGGUCGACAUUAGCAUUAUAUAUCUUUUAAGGUAGCGGCCUUUUGCUAUGCAAGUUAGCCAAUUGUUAAGUUGAGCAUUAUAUAGCAUUUAAGGUUGCAGACUUUUCCUAUGGAAGUUAGCCAAUUGUAGUAAACAUUAGCAUUAUACAACAUUUAAGCUAGCGGACCUUUGCUAUGCAAGUUAACCAAUUGUUUUAAACACAUUAGCAUUAUACAACAUUUAAGCUAGCGGACCUUUGCUAUGCAAGUUUGCCAAUUGUUGUAAACAUUAGUAUUAUAUAUCUAAUGGUUUGGUAACCUUGUUAUCAAAAUUCUGGUGCGCACCACAUUGUUUCUCGUGCCUAUCCGGUGGGUACGUCAAACUAUCACCUAUCAAGUCAAACUAUCUGGUAAUCAUUAGCAUUAUUGCACACUGAUUUGUUUCUGGUGCGCACCACAUUGAUUCUCGUGCGUAACAGGAACAAUAUGGUGUGCACCAGAAACUAUCUGGUGCGCUGCAGAAAAAAAAUCUGUUGUGCACCACAUUGAUUCUUGUGCGCACCAGGAAAAAUCUGGUGCGCACUCGAAGCAAUCUCGUAAACAUUAGCAUUAUUGCACAUUGAUUUGUUUCUGGUGCGCACCAUAUUGAUUCACGUGCGUACCACUUUGAUUCUUCUGCGCACCAAAAAUAAUCUUGUGAGCACCACAUUGAUUCUCGUACGCACCAGGAACAAUCUGGUGUGCACCACAUCUUUUCUGGUGCUCAUUAGAAACAAUAUGGUAAACAUUAGCAUUAUUGCACAUUGAUUUGUCUCUGGUGCGCACAAUAUUGAUUAACGUGUGCACCACAUUGAUUCACGUGCGCAUCAGAAACAGUCUGGUCCGCACCACAUUGUUUCUUGGGCGCACCAGGAACAAUCUGGUGCUCACCACAUUGAUUCUCAUGCACAAAAGAAACAACCUGGUGUGCACCAGAAACUAUUUGGUGCGCAGCAGAAACAGUCUAGUGCGCACCACAUUGCUUCUCGUGGACACCAGAAACAUUCUAGUAAACAUUCAUCUUAAAUAGCAUUUAAGCUCGCAGAUUUUUGCAAUGCAAGUUAGCCAAUUGCAAUUGCUUCCGCUAGCUUAAAUGCUCUCAUAAAAUGCUAAUGAUUACCCUUUAGGUACUCCAUAUGUAGAUGUCAGAUAUUGUAGGAAAUGGGUUUUUAAAGACACAAAAAAAAUUAGCGUUCAUGUUGUGACGUCAGUUAUACCCACACAUACGCACACUUACAGACGCAAACAUGUGAUAAAGAUUAUUAAUUACCGUAAUUUUCGGACUAUAAGGUGCACCUGAGUAUAAGCCGCCACCCACCAAAUUUGACACGAAAAGGGCAUUUGCACUAAACUAUAAGUCCUCACUGUGUUAUGGGAUAUUUACACCAAAAGAUAUUAACCGGGAACACUUUAUUUGACAGCGCCAUCAUACGACCGUCAUAAUACCAAUUGAACCACCAUGAAGCUUUGAACCAAUCGGCUGUGAAGCUUCAUUGCUUGAAGAAGCUUCAUUUGGCCAUCACUGCUCCCUUGGGGGAGACAGUCCCCCAGAGUAUGCUGCCACCUGCUGUCAACACUGUUGUUGUCCAACAUGCCUCCUAGCAUGCAUUACUACGCUACAGAUGUAAAUAACAAUCUAAAUACAUGUUCUGUGCUAAUUAUUUCUUCAGUUACUGUUCAAGUUGUUUCAUUAUUUGCUAGUUAUGGUAUUUAGUAACACUUUAUUUGACAGCGGCGCCAUAAGACCACCAUAAUUAUGACAUGACACUGUCAAGUGCAUUAUAGAACGCUUAUAACGGAUGUCAUUUAGCGUUAUCUGGAAAAUUAUCUCACUUUUGAAUGCAUGUAAAACAUCUGUGCUAGACAUAAAUAGAGUUAGUGACAUAAUUUGCCGUAAUAUGUAUAUAUUAAACAUUAUUUGCACACAUGAUAAAGGUAUUGUUAAUCCCUUUAAAGUAAAACUUGAUUUUUGAUUAAAACCAGAAAUGUCGCUCUUUGCAUUGUGAUUGGUCCAAACCAUAGGUGUGUUAAAUCAGGAAUGACACCGUCGCUCUCUGGUGACGUCAUUUCCCCCCCGAACGGACAAAGGGGCGUGUUGACCGAAGCCAGGCGGGGGUAGGACGCGCACGGAGCGGCUACGUAGAUUCUUCUCCGUCCGCUCCCUGUCAAACGAGCGUCUCUGGGAUUCUUCAUCAGGAAAUGCUCUAGAGCGAACAUUCUACGUCUGGGGAGUGAGGUCGUCAUCCAACGAUGGCAGGGGAUCUCUACAGCCCCCCAUCCCCACUCGGGGACUCUUUACUGGACAACCCUCUUUGUGAGGACCUCAUGGAGGACCUUCAAAACAUUUCUCAGUCCAUUGGAGAAGACACUCAUGGAUUUGAUUUCCCAGAGUACCAGAGCGCCCAUUCGGGGUCGGAGAACUCCAUUGCGUUGGACACCUUAACUCCAGCCUCCAGUCCGUCACCAGUGGGCUGUCGGGAGGCGCCGGAUCCCGACGAGUUCUUAGGCGCCAUCAGCCUGGAGUGCAAAGUGUGUUCAGACAAAGCGUCGGGCUUCCACUACGGCGUUCACGCCUGCGAGGGUUGCAAGGGUUUCUUCAGGAGAACGCUCCGGCUCAAGCUGGAGUACGACAAGUGCGAACGACGCUGCAAAAUCCAGAAGAAAAACCGAAACAAGUGCCAGUACUGCCGCUUCCACAAGUGCCUUUCGGUGGGCAUGUCCCACAACGCCAUCCGCUUCGGUCGCAUGCCCCAGGCGGAGAAGAUAAAGCUGAAGGCGGAGAGCAAGAUUGUGAAGAAGAUAGAAGUUAGCCCUACGCGGUCCGACCACAAAGUCCUCAUUGGGUGCAUCCACGAAGCCUACAUGAAGAACUUCAACAUGAACAAAGCAAAAGCUCGGCUCAUACUCACCGGCAAGGCGAGCAAGCCGGUAAAGCGACCUAUUUUCCGGUGUUUUUUUCCAAACUUCUGCUUACGUAAUGUUCUUUGUCUUUCUCGUAAGCCUUUUGUAAUCCACGACAUGGAGACUUUCCAGCUAGCAGAGCAGACGCUAGCGGCGCAAGUGUCGAGGGGGAGCGAUGUGGAGGCUCACGACGGGCUGCGGGCGGGGGUGCUGAUCGCCGCCGUGGGAUGCGGCGGACUCCGGCGGAGGGAGGCCGAAGCGCGACUCUUCCAUUGCUGCCAAAGCACCUCCGUGGAGACGGUCACCGAGCUCACCGAGUUCGCUAAAGCUAUUCCGAGCUUCCAGAACCUCGACUUGAACGACCAGGUGACUCUUCUCAAGUACGGCGUUUACGAGGCCCUCUUCACGCUCCUGGCCUCGUGCAUGAACAAAGACGGGCUCCUGGUGGCACGUGGCGGCGGAUUCAUCACCCGCGAGUUCCUCAAGAGCCUGCGGCGGCCGUUCAGCGACAUGAUGGAGCCCAAAUUCCAGUUCGCCACACGCUUCAACUCCCUAGAACUGGACGACAGCGACCUGGCGCUCUUCGUGGCCGCCAUCAUCUGCUGCGGAGACCGUCCUGGUCUGGUGGACGCAAGUCUGGUGGAGCAGCUUCAAGAAGGCAUCGUAUUGGCUCUGCGGCUCCAUCUGCAGGCCAACCACCCCGACGACGCCUUCCUCUUCCCGAGACUGUUGCAGAAACUGGCCGAUCUGCGGGAACUGGUGACCGAGCACGCUCAGUUGGUGCAGGAAAUUGAAACGACGGAGGACGCGUCGCUGCAUCCUCUCCUCCAGGAGAUCUACAGGGAUAUGUACUAAGUCCGACCUUAAUGUAUUAAUUUAGAUCUUUAUUAUCAAAAGGGGCCAUAGAUGUAUGUGAUGGUGAUGUUUAAAACUAUUUUACAAUAUUAUUUAAGAUUUUUGGAUUUCAAUUUUGUGCCUUCAGAUGUGUCAAUGUGCCUUACACACUUUAGUGGCAUAAAAGUUGUCUACAGAAUUUUGGGAAAAAAUUGAUGUUUCCCCCAAAAUUUGCCAGAAACUGUCCCAAUCAUUUCUAUUGGAAUGCCAAUGACAGUCCAAAUUUCCCAUUCAUUUCCAGUGGCAUUUACUUUGCAUUGAUGGCCAAGUACAGAGAUGCCAUAUAUGUCAAUUAUAUUGAUGCUAAUGUACUUGGACUCCAUUGACGCAAAGGUAAGUUGAUGCCAUAUAAGGCCAUGUACGUCCAAAUUUCCCAUUCAUUUUCAAGAGCAUUUAAAUUGCAUUGACCUGAUACCACCAGGACAUGUCCCCAAAAUGUCCCCAAAUCAACACGAAGUGUCCUGAUAUGACCAGGACACGUCCCCAAAUCAACAGGCACUGACCUGAUAUGACCAGGACAUGUCCCAGAAAUGUCCCCACAUCAACAAGAAGUGACCUGAUAUCAAUAGGGCAUGUCCCCAAAAUCUCCCCUAAUCAAGGCAAUGUGACCUGAUAUGACCAGGACAUGUCCCAGAAAUGUCCCCAAAUCAAUGGGAAGUGACCUGAUUAAUUAAUAGGGCAUGUCCACAAAUCAACAGGAAGUGACCUGAUAUCAAUAGAACAUGUCCCCAAAAUAACAAGAAGUGACCUGAUAUCAAUAGGACAUGUCCCCAAAAUGUCCCGAAAUCAACACGAAGUGUUCUGAUAUGACCAAGUCAUGUCCCCAAAUCAACAGGAUGUGACCUGAUAUGACCAGGACAUGUCCCCGAAUCAACAGGAAGAGACCUGAUAUCACUCAUGCAUGUCCCCGAAUCAACAGGAAGUGACCUGAUAUCAAUCGGAAAUGUCCCAAAAUGUCCCCAAGUCAACACGAAGUGUCCUGAUAUGACCAGGACAUGUUCCCAGAUCAACAGGAACUGACCUGAUAUGCCCAGUACAUGUCCCCAAAUCAACAGGAAGUGACCUGAUAUCAAUAGGACAUGUCCCCAAAAUGUCCCCAAAUCAACACAAAGUGUCCCGAUAUCACCAAGACAUGUCCCCAAAUCAACAUAAAGUGACCUAAUAUGAUGAGGACAUGUCCCAGAAAUGUCCCCAAAUCGACAGGAAGUGACCUGAUAUGAUGAGGGCAUGUCCCAGAAAUGUCCCCAAAUAAACAGGAAGUGACCUGAUAUCACCAAGACAUGUCCCCAAAUCAACAGGAUGUGACCUGAUCUCACCAGGAUAGGUCCCCAAAUCAACAUAAAGUGACAUAAUAUGAUGAGGACAUGUCCCAGAAAUGUCCCCAAAUCAACAGGAAGUGACCUGAUAUCACCAGGACAUGUCCCCAAAUUAACAUAAAGUGACCUAAUAUGAUGAGGACAUGUCCCAGAAAUGUCCCCAAAUUGACAGAAAGUGACCUGAUAUGAUGAGGGCAUGUCCCAGAAAUGUCCCCAAAUAAACAGAGAGUGACAUGAUAUGUACAGGAAAUGUCCCCAAAUCAACAGGAAGUGACCUAAUAUGAUGAGGACAUGUCCCAGAAAUGUCCCCAAAUCGACAGGAAGUGACCUGAUAUCACUCGUACAUGUCCCCGGAUCAACAGGAAGUGACCUGAUAUCAAUAGGACAUGUCCCGAAAUCAACAUGAAAUGUCCUGAUAUGACCAGGACAUGUCCCCAAAUAAACAGAAAGUGACCUGAUAUGUCCCAGAAAUGUCCUCAAAUCGACAGGAAGUGACCGGAUACAACCAGGACAUGUCCCAGAAAUGUCCCCAAAUCAACAGGAAAUGACGACAUGUCUCAGAAAUGUCCCCAAAUCAAGAGGAAGUGAGCUGAUAAUCAUUAGGGCAUGUCUCCAAAUCAACAGGAAGUGACCUGAUAUCAAUAGGACAUGUCCCCAAAUCAACAUGAAGUGACCUGAUAUCAAUAGGACAUGUCCCAGAAAUGUCCCCAAACAAACAGGAAGUGACCUGUUACGACCAGGACAUGUCCCCGAAAUGUCCCCAAAUCAACAGGAAGUGACCUAAUAUGACCAGGAAGUGUCCCAGGAAUGUCUCUAAAUCGACAGGAAAUGACCUGAUAUCAAUAAGAUGUCCCCAAAAUGUCCCCAAAUCAACAUGAAGUGUCCUGAUAUGACCGGGACAUGUCCCCAAAUCAACAGGAAUUGACCUGAUAUCAAUAGGACAUAUCCCCAAAUCAACUGGUACCCUGAUAUCACCACUCAUACACAUUCAUAAAUACAAAUACUGUUAAUCUCAAACUCAUAAAUGAAACUGUAGACCAAUAAUAUUUGGUGAAAUAUUGUGUGAUGGUGCUUUAUACAUACACAUGCGACAACUGUGAAAUAAACUAUGAUGCAGAAUUGCU